ACGCAUGCACACGCGCGGGGCAGGAAUUAGGCAAGACAAGACAGGGUAGAAUUGUGUCAUCGAAAUCUGAUCAUUUGAAUCCGAUACCCAUUAUCUGGCGGGAAACGUUAUUCCAGAAGAAGAACUUUGACACUUUGUGUAUUACGAAUUUCACCACUUUUCCAUGAUAUUGUGGCUAUCGUUUUCAUUACCUAACAAGCAAUGGCUAACUAUACAGGAACAUCAUCCCAGGAAACGUCAACCAGUGUUGCGUGUAAUGUUGAUACCAGAUAUUAUCCUCAUCUGCUUUUGCUUCCUGCAGCAAUUAUUCUGACGAUUUUGGCAUCUCUGCGACGAAGAAAGAGUUUUAAGAAACACGUUUGGGGAGGUCGACCUGGGCUUGUUGUCCCUAUAGAUUUCCUCGGUAUUGAUCAUCAUCGUCUUGCCAGCAUGUUUGUGUUUGGAGCUGCUACUGGAUCAAUCAUCGUUCUAGUUGCAUCACUAGGGCUCCAAGGCAAAAACGCUUGGGAAAGAGUGUUUUUCGUCGUCGGCAUUGCAAUUGAAUGUGCUUUCCUUUAUUACCCGUUUUUUGCUUGCCUGACGACGUAUCACAAAAUUAUUGGAGCAAUGAUGGGCCUUCCUUAUUGUGCGAUAUUUUUCUGCCUAUAUUUGACAAGCACUUUCCAGAAAUGUAAAAACAAUUCUUCGUUCCUAACUAAAGCUCUCGUGUUGACCGAGAUGCCUAUAAUAAUAUGUUAUGUGUUUAUUAUGGCCAAGUUCAUAUUCGUACUUUAUUGGGAAAUCAAAAACUAUGGAAUCAGAGGAGAGCAGUUUUUUCCUGGCGACAAUAAAAGAACUUCCCCUCAGGUGAAGUUGGUCAGACCCUGGUUGAUGGAACACGUGAAGAACAUUUUUAAACCAAAACCUCGGGAAUAUGGAAGAGUUGAGUUUUACCUGAGAAAAUUUUACAAUCCCCAAAAAGAUUUUAAGUUUUCAACUGAAACUCUUUCUGUGAUGAUGAUCUGUGGCAUAAGUCUCUAUAGCAUCGCCAUCUUUCUUGUGUAUUUCUUAUGUGAAAUACUGAAUAAUCCAGCUGGACAGUUGAUGGAUGGAUAUUUAGGAUCACUUUUAGCUGGUGUAAUCCUGACAACUGCGGUCUGUGCGCUCUCCCUUGUUCGUUUCAUGGAAAAUCAUAAGAAUAACAUGGUAAAGAUGUUCAAAGGGGAUAAAUCGUUUAUUCCUAGGAAUAUAAACGUGUCACAGUUUAUGAUUGCAAUAGGACUUCGUUACCAUAGUUUUCAGAUUGGAUACUUUCUGUGGGGCUUCGUAUUUAACUGGAUUGUGAUAUCUAUUCUUUGUCUUCUGCUGCAUAUGUUAAAAUUUGGUACUUUUUGGCAUCUUAUCCAUGCCUUUAUUACUACCAGCGGCGUAUUCUUGGGUGUGGCCUUUUUCUUCCGAUGCUGUUUGCUCGUAGCUUCUGUGACGAUAUUCCGUGAUCGUAACUACUCCAGGGACGUCAUUUCUAUCAACAACAGGAAUGUCUAUUUGGUGUUUUCGUAUUUCUGGUUUUUUGUUGGUCUUCCGAUGGGUGUCUUUUCCGCCAUUUUUCGUAUCUUGAAAAUAAUGGCUGUGGGACUUCUGAUGUUGCCAAGAAUUGAUCAUAGCAUUUUGCCUGAUGGAUUCCAAUGGCUCGAUCCAGGUUACAAUGCGUACGUCUGUUAUCUUCACGUCCAAGCAGCUUUUAGAAACCCAGUUCUUCGAGUGUUUUGUCAAAUACUGAUCGAUGAUCACGAGACACGGAACAACCGAAAUGACCCGAAGUGGACUCGUUCUCCCCCCGCGCCAAGUGGUUCAUUGCACUCACCUUGGCACGCAACCCACAACUAG